CCGGAGGACAGGCGGAAAUCCUCAUACUCCUCCGCAGCACCGAGCGACACGGCGGAGGGCUUCCUCCGGUUCCUCCCCGCGAGAAGAAAUGUGGCUGAACCCGGAGGAAGUUCUGCUGAAAAACGCUCUGAAGCUCUGGGUGACCGUGAGGAGCAACGACUUCUUCCUUCUACAGAGGAGGAGAGGCCACGGAGAGCCAACGAAUAAAAUAACAGGUCUCCUGGUCGGGGCGUUGGACACGGUGCUGGACUCCAAUGCCAGGGUCACACCAUUCCGCAUCCUGUUGCAGGUUCCUGGUUCUCAAAUCAGCUGGGUGAUCGCCAGCGGAGCCACCAUAGAGGAAGUAAACGAGCACUGGGGCUGGCUGGUCCGAAACCUACUUCAAUCUCUGUCUGUGUUUGAGAACAGAGAAGAUGCAGUCGGCUUUGUGCGAGGAAAAGUUAAGGGCCUUAUUGCAGAGGAGGUUCAGGGACGUCAGGCAGCUCAGGAGGAGGAUCCAGAGAAGUUCAGAGAGGCCCUUCAGAAGUUUGAGCUGCACUUUAGCCUCCCUUCAUCAGAGAAACUGGUGACCUACUACUCCUGCUGCUGCUGGAAGGGCCGGGUGCCUCGGCAGGGCUUCCUCUACCUCAGUGUCAACCACAUGGCCUUCUACUCAUUUCUGCUGGGAAAAGAAGUGAAGUUUGUGAUCCCCUGGGCGGAGGUAACUCGGUUGGAGCGGGUCUCCACUGCUCUGAUAACCGAAGCGAUCAGGGUCACCACCCGAAAGCGACAGAGAGAGUUCUCCAUGUUCCUGAACCUGGAUGAGGCCUUCGGGGUCAUGGGUCAGCUGGCUGACAUCACCCUGAGGCGGCUGCUGGACAGCGAAGGCCUGGAACUGGACAGAGUGCUGCAGCAGACGGCACGCAUAUCAAAGAGGAUCUUAGAGGAACAGGCCAUCAGAGAGUACGUCUUGGCUUUGUUUCGGCUCCCCCGUUCAGAGAAGCUCUACGAGGUGGCCUCAUGCUCGGUGUGGACGCCGCACAGCCGCUCCCAUACAGCCGGGACGCUCUACACCACCGACAGCUAUCUGUGUUUCUCCAGCAGAGAGGAAGGCAGCUGCCUUCUGCUCAUCCCCCUCUCCGAGGUUUUGUCCAUAGAAAAAGCAGAGAGCACCAGCCCCCUUCCCAACCCUGUAAUCGUGAGCAUGCGGACCAAAAAGGCCUUCCAGCUGAUCGAGCUGCAGGAAAGAGACGAGCUGGUGGAGAGCAUGAACUCCAGGCUCAGAGCUCAGCAGUGGAAACACUCUGUGUUUCGCAAUAAGAGGGACAGCAGGAGGAGUGUGACCUCCCCGACACCCUACUACACCUUCUACUAUGACACUGGACUCUCUGAUGAGGAGGAGAUGGAGGAGCAGGUCCUCCGGAACACCGUCAACAGCGAAGCUCUCAUGACGGCCUUCCACCAAAGCCAGCCAGGAAACGAUGGAAACAAGAGCAUGGAGCCGGUGAAGGAACGACUGUGGGAGGAGCACUUUGCAGAGUUUGGGCGCGGCGUUCACAUGUUUCGCACUGAGAAGAUCCAAAAGCUGGUUGCCAUGGGAAUCCCAGAGUCGCUACGUGGGGAGCUGUGGAUGGUGUUCUCUGAUGCAUGCUCUGAGCUGGAGUCCCACCAGGGCUACUAUGCCAGCCUGGUACAGAAAUCAAUGGGCCACAACAACCUGGCUACAGAUGAGAUCGAGCGCGACCUGCACCGCUCGCUGCCGGACCAUCCGGCCUUCCAAAACCCCACCGGCAUUGCCGCGCUCAGGCGAGUCCUCACUGCCUACGCCCACCGCAACCCAAAGAUCGGAUACUGUCAGUCUAUGAACAUCCUGGCGUCUGUCCUGCUGUUGUAUGCCAAAGAAGAGGAAGCCUUCUGGCUGCUGGUGGCCGUUUGUGAGAGAAUGCUGCCAGACUACUUCAACCGCAGGGUCAUUGGAGCUCAGGUGGACCAGUCGGUGUUUGAGGAGCUGAUCAGGGAGCGUUUACCGGAGCUGGCGGAGCAGGUCCCGGAUCUGUCCACGCUCUCCUCCGUCUCCCUCUCUUGGUUUCUCACCCUCUUCCUAAGCGUCCUGCCCUUUCAGAGCGCUGUCUGUGUGGUGGACUGCUUCUUCUACCGGGGGAUCAAAGCUAUCUUCCAGCUGGGUCUGGCUGUGCUGGACGCCAACGCUGCCCAGCUGUCUGAGUGCACAGACGACGGACAGGCACUUAUGAUCCUCACAAGUUUUUUAGAUCAGGUUGGAAAAGAGGAUUCGCCUUCAUCGAGCCCGCCUGCUGCAGAAGAAAACAGCUGCAGUGACCCCGACAUCCCUCCAGUGAAACACAUAAACAUCACUGACCUCAUCCAUGAGGCUGUCGGAAAAUUUAGAGACCUGACUGUGCGGCAGAUUGAGCGCCUUCGCUGCCUGCACCGGAUCCGCGUGCUGCAGGCCCAUGAGGACACCAUCAAAGAAAACACUCUGCGGCUGAUAUCAGUGGAAGUUUCCAUCACUCCUGAGAAUCUAUCUGACCUCUAUGACCUCUUCAAGACAGAGCAUUUCAUCAGCCUCUACUGGGGUGACCGCAGCUCUGCAGCUGCAGCAGAGGCUGCCGCCUGGCAGUACGGAGAAUCCGGUCGCUCUUUUGUGGAGCGUCAGUAUCGGCUGGACCGACCGCAGUUCAAAAGUCUGUACGGGCUGCUGGUGCCGUGGCCGACCGGGUCGAACCAGCACACAGACACUCUGGGCAACCGUACCUUCACCCUGUUGGCCCAGGACCGAGACAACCUGGUGACCUUCAAGGAGUUUGCCAGCUGGCUUGACACUUUGUAUUGUGGGGAACUAAAUGAGAAAAUAAGGCUUCUGUACCGCCUCCAUAUUCCUCCAGCACUGACAGAGAGCGAGGAUGAACCGUCCCUCAGAAGCCCCCUGCUGUCCACAAACAGGCCUCUUUAUGUUAACAAGAACACUCCUGAUCCAGAGGGCAGAGAAGAAGUGACAGACUACCAGGUGCAGCUGAAGCAGAUGCUGCAGGAUUUGGUCAAAGAGAAGGAGAAAGAUGUGGACAAACCUCUGCCGCUUAUGAAUCAGCGAGAGUUUAUCCAGUUCUGUAAGACGCUUUACAGCAUGUUCCACGGCGACCCUGAGGAGAAUGACCUCUUCCAGGCCAUCGCUACGGUAACCAGCCUCGUGCUGCAGAUUGGCGAGGCCUCCCACCGGGAACAAACCAAAGCGUCUGACGGGACUCUGGCCGCAGACGACGAGUGGACGGUCAGCUACGCUCAGAUCCUGGCGUCGCUCCUCACCGAGCAAGCGCUGGUCAACUUCUUCGAGAAGUCCGCCGACCUGCCGGCAAAAAUCGCACAGGCCAAACAGAAUCAGUACCAGCAGCGGGCGGGUUUGCUCACACUGCAAGGAGGGACCAGGUGACUGACGGAGAGCCUUGCUGGACAUAAACGUCAUGUUGGCGUCUUUUCAUCUAACAAGAGAUGCUAAGAUUAAUGCUACAGUUAGAGUGCAGCCAAAUGAUGCUGAAUGACAGAUCUACUCGAUGCUGCCUUCUAACGCCGCCACCGUGAAUCCUGCCUGUACCUCUGUUAGAUACAUCCUCUCAUCACUUUCUAAUAUGUCGCCUUCUGUAACGUUUACACUUUAUGACUAAUUGCAGCAUUAAUUAUCAUUCAAACUUGAUUUCAACAACCUGCUGUUUCCAGGAACCGCCUUAUGGGAACAUUUUAACCAACGGACCUUACAGACUGCUCCCAGGGCAGAUUUUUACAAGCUUCUCUGUUUCUUUCAUAUGAAAUGUUUCAAGAUGCUCACUUUUCAAUUAAAGAAUUUUUUUGAAUAAA